AUGCCACCCACGUCAAGUCACACCGAGAGCGUCGACACAAACGGCCAAGAGCCACAGGAUGCAUCCAAGUUCCACGAGGAUCUGCCCGCUUGCCAACUUUGCCGAAGGAAAAAAUCGCGCUGCAGCCGGACUCAACCUUGUGUAGAAUGCACCCGCUCCGGCGUCGAGUGCGUCUAUGAUGAACGUCGAAUGAAGCCUGGCCUCCGCACUGGCGCAAUGGAUCAACUUUAUCGCCGCAUGGAAACACUCGAGAACAUGUUCCUCGGUCAGGAAUUCCUUUGGCAACAACUGUGGAAGGCGAUGUAUCCGAAUGAGGCUCUAUUUGCGUCUAACGAGCGAUCUACCAAUAUUGAAGAUCUCGCUCGGCGACGAGAUGAGCUCAAGUCCGCUUUGCUUCGCACAUCAUCGUCACUGGAUCAGAGGGAGGAGGAGGUGGAGUCAGCUUCUCGUCCAACAAAAAGACGACGCUGUGUGCCGACUACUGCGCCCUUCAUUCCAGUCAGCAUGGACGAGGACACCGACGGUCUUCUCUCGACUGAGAUUAUGACGGAGCUAGUGAGCUUCUACUUUGUUAAUAUACACCCUUGGAUACCGAUUCUCCACGUGACAAGGUUUUGGGAGCGCAUGCAAUCUUCAGAUGAGCGUCCCCGUAUUUCCUGCAUCCUUCACGCAAUCAUCGCUGUAUGUGUACGUUUCUCCCAGAGCAAAGGACUGGACACAGGGACGAAGGCAUCUGUCGCUGAGCAGAGCAGAAAAAGAGUCAUAUUGGCUAGCACCGAUUGUUACUCGGUCGAGCAUUUGCAGGCAUUGAUCAUCAUUGCGUUUGAAACAAUUGAACGAGGACGCGGACCUUCGUCGUGGUCUAUCGUCGGCAGCACUAUCGGCGCGGUAAAUCAACUUCAACUCGGCGUCGAGGAAGAUGUUUUAUAUCGUUCGACUAAUUCGGGUGAGUCGUUGAUUCGGCGGAUGGUUUUCCUGCCUCCGUCGAGGUCUUGGAGUGAAGUCGAGGAGCGUCGGCGAAUAUUUUGGGCUGUAUUUUUGAUGGACCGCUUCUGUAGUGUGUCCACGGGCCGGGAGGUAAGUCUGGAUAGCAAUUUGAAACGUCGCCUCCCCUGUGAGGGAGCGGUCUGGGAGAAGGAGACCGAGGUUUGCGCGCCUUUUUUCGGCAUCUCAGAUUCGAAGGAUACCACAGCAACCUCAUCACUUCUAAGCAGUAGGGCGAUAAAUUCGGAUGAUCUCCCAAUAGGUGGAUUUGCGUACAAUAUUGAGGCUACCGAAUCACUUACAUUGGUCACAAACUUCUUCCUCGACCAUCCCUUCAUUGUUGCAGAUGCGGAAAAGGCUCGGAUUUGGAUGAUGAAAUUCAAAGAGUUGGAUCUGCGGCUCAUCCAGUGGAAACUGUACCUUCCCCGAAGAUGGCGAGAGGCAUCCGUCCUCAAUUCGGAUGGAGUCAUGGACCCGAACCUGACACUGGCGCAUAUCACACAUAAUACCGCGGUCAUUCUACUGCAUCAAGCAAUUGCCUACCCACCCCCUCACUGGAAUAAUUGCUCAAUCAAGCUGCCAUCUACCUCAUCUGCAGAAACGUGCCUAGAGGCUGCCUCUGAGAUCGCUACUAUUGGGCAACAAUUCCUGUCGUUAUCGCCCAUCUUUACCAACCCUCAAUUUUCUUUCUGUCUAUUUAUUGCCGGGAGAAUGCUCCUAGCCCAUGCAAGAUACAACCAGGUCAUUGUUCCACCCGCUCUCGAUACCUUGAUUGCCGGCCUUCUCGAAAUCUCUCAGCGAUGGACAGGAAGAAACGAGAAUAUGGGCCCAACAGGUGACAAUCUCGCCUCGACUUUCGCGAAGCGACUCGUGGAUGCCCAAAAUGACUCUAGUGCUGCCCGUCGCCCGAGCUUAGAUAUCAGGCAAACUGCAUGUUGGGACGGAAGUAAGGAGCAACCCCCAGCGCAAAUUCCUACCGACACCUCGCCAUUUCAGCCUGGUAUACACAAGUCCGGGGCUGCCAAUGGAGAACAUCAUUCUGAGGACAUGAGAAGGCAGUCGCCACAAGAGCCAUAUGGUUUAGAUCCAUUUAGCCUGGCUUUCCCACCACUCCCACCGUCUUUCCAGCAAGGCUUUCCUAUUUUCUCUGCAUCAGACCCGCUCUCGGUAUAUGGACAAUCUGAUGUUUAUCAGGCAAACCCCCAAUUGAAUAUGCAACCACAAGAUCCGCGUCUUGGUAUGUGGCAAGAUGCCAAUGCAGCAUUUGGAAAUGACAUCACUCUCCAAGCCGACCUCGCGCAAGUUUUCAAUCCUACCCCUAAUUCUGGUCAAAGGAUAAGUCGCUAUGGUGUAGUACAUGUUGAGAGCCAAGAGUCCAACAAGGGCUCAAGGGAUUUCCCGACCGAUAGCAUCAAUGGCUGA